UCAACUCUAAUCGUCACCUAUUAAACUGGAUAACUGACAAUAUCACAUCAUCAAAUCAUCAGAUCUCAACUAAUUUAUAUACAUUUGCAAAUGAUUCACUCUUAAUUGUGAUAUUUCCCUUACCUCUUUUGUUAACCGUGGUUCACACAAUCAAGUAAGCUAUGGAGGAUUUUCUCAUCAAAUGUCGCUUCAAUUUAAAGAGAUUGUUGGAAAAUAAACAAUUUAAACAUGUUCACUUGGUAAUUGGUAAUGAAUCAUGCGAUCUUGAUUCAUGUGUAUCUUCUUUGGUCUAUUCUUAUCUUUUAUAUAUAUCUAAAUACUCGUCAAGCAAAGAUCAGGUUACAUUACCAGUAUUAAAUAUCAACAGAGAUCGUUUAUUUUUGAAAAGCGAAGUCGCAUUCUGGCUGGAAGAGACACUGCAAAUUAAAUUUGAAUCGGUUUUGUGUAAAGAUGAAGUUAACCUAUUACGAAUUCGAGAAAAUGUCGAACAGAUAUCUUUUACAAUUGUUGAUCACAAUGAAGAUCGAGAAAUGGAAAAUUUUGGUGAAAUUGUUGAAAUAAUCGAUCAUCACAAAGUUUUGAAUCCAAGUCAUCAGAUUGGAACUCAGUGUGAAAUAGAUUUAGAUGUUGGUUCAUGCUGCACUCUGAUUGCUCGUCGAUAUCUAGAUUAUUGUGAAACUCAAAAAGUUAAUCCUGACGUCCAAAUUGCUUUAAUGUUAUAUGGGACUAUUAUUUUAGAUACUGUUUGUUUCUCCGAAUCCGCUCAUCGUUUCAGUCAGCUAGAUAUCAAUAUUGCCAAACGUUUAAAAAAUGUUAUUGGCUCUGAAAUGUUGACUGAUCAAGAAAUUUAUUCACAAUUAAUAACCGCAAUAGGCAAAGCCUCGUCCAUGCUUGGCCUUACGGAUCUCUUAACCAAAGAUUUGAAAAUCAUCGAUGGAAUUGGUGGGAAAAAAGUAGCCCUUUCUUCACUUUGCAAUAUUCAUCUGAAAGAAACUCUCAGCAAGCCAGAUAUUUCAGCUCAACUGGGUCAAUAUUGUCGAGCAAACAACUGUCUUGGGAGUAUUUUGUUAGCCAUCAGGAACGAAAAUCCAAAUAACGUUGAAAGAGAUCUUGCCAUUUAUUUUUCUUUAGAAGAUUUAUUGCGAAAGGUUUGUAAUCAACUAGAGAGUUCCGCUUGUGCCCUUGAUUUGGAAUUAUUGUUUGAAAAGGAGAAUCUCAAAGUUUACAAGCAAAAUAAUGUUAAAGCAUCAAGAAAAGCCAUUCUACCCAUGAUUGCCCAAAUAAUGUCAAAUGAGCGAGCUGCCUUGGAGAGUCAACGAGCUCAUUAUGGUUCAAAUAAGAAAGCUUCUGAAGAUAAUGAUCCACUUAGAUCAAAAGUAUCAACAGCUGAUGUUGACCCUGACUUUGUGCUUAAUUACAAGCCAGAGACAAUUGAUUUUCCAGAAUCUCCGCGAGAUUAUAUUAAUGAAUCAGCCACUGCGAUAGAAAAUCCUGUUGAAAUAUUUACCAAUAAUACUAGAAGUAAAGGUAAGAAUCAUUCAAAUCCAUCAUCACGUACUGUCAACAGUUCCGAAAUGGCUGAUCAAAGUGAUCCUGGUUCGGUAAAGGACGGCAAUAACAUCAAAUCUUCAAUACAAACCUCAACACAGUCUCAAUCUGGAUCUAUGUACAACUCAACCCAACAACAACAAUCUCAACCUCAAUUAGAUUCUAUGAAUGUUUAUGGUUCUUAUAUUGAUGAUUCUUAUGUCGGAGAUUUUUCCGGUGAAGUGACUAAUCCAGAUGUAAUGAUUGAAGAAACCCCUCAGGAUCCAAUUUACUGGGAAAAUCAAUCUAAAUUAGUGGACGGUGUUCUUGAAUUCAGUUUUGACUCUUUCGGACCUGAAUCAAUGCUUUUUCCUAGAAAUGGGGAAAAUCGUGAAGGUGAAGAUAACAGUAAAUCGCUUUUGGGAAGCUCAGUUAAAGACAGUGAUAAUGACUUGAUGUCAAUUACAACUGCCAGUGAACGAACUGAUGUUUCCUUUGAUCAGUUUACAGUUAAUUCAAGUGAUCAUAACGAGAGUGAAACCGGGGGAACAUCUCUCAUUAAAAAUCAAAUAUCACCGCCAUCAACAACGCCUCAGCCUGUUGAGUUUUUAAAGCGUAACACAUCAUUAACUCAAAGUCAACGACGAAAGAUUCGUCCUAAAAUUGAUAUUCAAGAAAUUUUCAACAGCUCAGAUGAAACAAAUGCUCACGAUGAUGACCAAACAGUAAACGAUUUAAUUGAAAAUGAAACCUCAAAGGAAGAUGGUGAUGAUUUUAACGAUACUAAAGAAAGUAAUGAUGUUGGUUCAAAAUUUGACGAAAACAGUACUUCUUCACAAUCUAAUUACAUUACCAAAGAAGACACCUUUUUUAAUGAUAAUAAUUACCUAGAAUCACCUGUAUCCACAAAAGAAGAAUUGGAAGAUACAUUACAAAAGCAAGGAUCAUUAGCCAAGAAAAAGAUACUGGUUAACAAAGAACUUUUAUCGAAUGAUGACAUGAUAAUUGAUUUUCCACAUACACAACAAGAAGAAAAUCGAGUUCCUGAGUUAUCUGCUCAAGAAGAAAUGAAUGAAACCAGAAGUUGGCGGGAAUCAUGUCCAAUUGGAGACAAGGGAGAAGUAAAAAAGAUUGACCUUAAAGUUAUCGAACCUUAUAAGAAAGUUCUAUCUCACGGAGGUUACUAUCAUCAUUACAAUUCUGCUCAACUAAACAAAAAUAAUACAACUCCAGGUCCUGGUCCUGCAAUUAUCAUUUUCUCAGCCUGUUAUCUUCCAGACAGAUCCAGGAAGGAUUAUGGCUAUGUUAUGGAUAAUUUGUUCAUGUACGUCCUAACAACACUUCAUGAAUUGGUAGCCGAUGAUUACAUCCUUAUUUAUUUUCACAAUGCUGGAUGUGCCGGAGUUUCAAGCAAUAAUAUGCCUACCUUUAGCUGGUUAAAGCGUUGUUAUACAAUGAUUGAUAAAAGAUUGAGGAAAAAUUUGAAAUCUCUUUUUCUGGUUCAUCCCACUUUUUGGUUGAAAACUUUUGUAAUUAUGACAAAACCUUUCAUAAGCUCUAAAUUUUCAAAAAAACUUAAAUUCGUGAGCACACUUGCCGAGCUCAAUGAUCUUGUGCCCAUUGAAAGUACAGUAAUUCCUCCUCCAGUUAAACAGGUUGAAUUUGAACGGAUCAUUCGCCAGAAAAAGAAGGAAUCUUCAAGGCGCUGAUUGGUCUCUCUAUCAACACAUCUUGGUACCCUCAAUCGGCUCCAUCAUCAUUUUUUGCGUCUAAAUCCUUUUUUUGUUAAAUACUCUUCUUUACCUCUGUGAUAAAAUUAACCCUGUUUCCCCUUUACAACCCUUUUUUCCUUCUCCAAGAAAUAUAUAUAGUUCUUGACCACCCUUAUUAUUGAUAUUAUUAUUAUUAUAAUUAGAGAUGUUGAAAAAUUAUUUUAUUUAUACCUACCUUUUGGCCUAUUAUUGCUGGCUGGGUUUCGCAAGUGCAAACACCAUUAUAAAUACAAUUAUACCUGCGAUCACAUUUAAAGCCAUUUCCAAUCACAAUGUUAAUUGUAAACAAGUUUACAAAGAUAUCUCUUUUCCCUGUAUACAAUAAUUGUGAAUUAGUAAAAGCUAAUUUAAACCGUA